AUGCACGCCCUCAAAAUCCAGUCCCCCACCCACGCCGCCGUAGUCACCACCCCCCUGCCCCCGCUGCCCCCAGGGCACCUGCUCAUCCGCACCCACGCCGUCGCCCUCAACCCCACCGACUGGAACCAGCACAUCGAUGCCCCCGCCCUAGGCCUCGGCCCCGUGGGCAGCACCAUCGGCUGCGACUACGCCGGCGUCAUCACGGCCGUCGGCGCGGGCGUCGACGCGUCCCAGAUCGGCGUCCGCGUGUGCGGCGUCGUGCACGGCGCGAACACCACGGCGCCGACGAGCGGCGCGUUUGCCGAGUAUGUAGUUGCGCCUGCGGGGCUGGUGAUCAAACUGCCGGAGCAGAUGAGCUGGGAGGAGGGCGCGGGGCUCGGGGUGGCGAUGCUGACGGUGGGGCAGGCGUUUUAUCAGAAGAAGAGGCUGCCGGUUCAGGGGUUGGGCGGCAAGGAAGGGGAAGUGGGAGCGGGGGAGGGGGGGAAGAAGCCGUGGUUUUUGGUGUAUGGGGGGAGUUCGGGGAUGGGGGCGUACGGGAUCCAGUUUGCGAAGUUGUCGGGCUUUGAGGUGAUUACGACGUGUCAUCCGCGCAAUUUUGACUAUGUCAAGAGCCUUGGUGCGUCGGCGGCUUUUGACUACAGGGCGCCUGGAUGUGGCGCGGAGAUUCGGGCCUAUACGGAUAACCAGCUCUACGACAUUUGGGAUACCAUUGGUGGAGAUGAGGUAGCAAAGAUCUGUGCGGAAGCGUUCUCGGAUUCUGCCAAGCCGGAUGGGAGUAAGCUUUGGUAUGGCUCCAUCACCGGUGAUACUUUUUCUCCUCGGGAUGAUGUGGAGGUGAGCUUCAAUCUCGGAUACACAGGACUAGGCAGGGAGUUUGAGAUUGCGGGGGAGAUGUUCGAGGCCAGUGAGGAGGAUUUCGAGUUCAUGAAGAUGUGGUGUAAAGUAGCCGAAGGGCUUAUCGCGGAAGGCAAAAUCAAGAUUCAUAGAAUGGAUGUGAGGGAUGGAGGGUUGGAGGGUGUAUUCAGGGGAAUUCUAGAAAUGAAGGAAGGGAAAGUGAGCGGAAAGAAACUGAUUUACAAGCUUGAAUUGUAA